AUGUCUGAUAAACGAAGACAAGUCGCCACUUUGAAAGCUAAGCAAGUUACUGCACAAAAAAAGAGACGACGACGUACUGACCCUGGCGUGAAACCUUCAACUAAUAUGCCAAGUACACCAAUUAGGCCUGGCAUUACCUCACCAAUUUAUCCUCAAUCGUUUGCUUCUCAACAGCGUCAAACAAUUAAUGAAGACUAUUCAACCUCUUCCUCUAGUUCAGCAGGUGAAGAGGAAUCCGAAAAAAUAACGACCGAAGAUGAGGAAGACUUUGAGGAUUAUUGUAAAGGAGGUUAUCAUCCCGUUAAAGUUGGUGAUAUAUUUAAUGAUGGAAGAUACACGGUUGCCCGAAAGUUAGGUUGGGGUCACUUCUCCACAGUUUGGCUUGCUAAAGACAAUCAUCAAAAUCGACAUGUCGCUCUUAAAGUUGUUAAGUCUGCCCCACAUUAUACUGAAACAGCUUUAGAUGAAAUAAAAUUAUUACAAAAGAUCGUUGACGCAAAUCCAGAGGCUCCUGGUCGUCGUCAUGUAGUUGAACUUUUAGACCAUUUUCAGCAUAAAGGACCCCAUGGAACGCAUGUGUGUAUGGUAUUUGAAGUAUUGGGCGAAAACUUGUUGAGUUUGAUAAAAAGAUACAGUCAUCGAGGGAUUCCAUCACAUUUGGUCAAACAAAUUACAAAGCAAGUACUUAUGGGUCUAGAUUAUAUGCAUAGGGAAUGUGGAGUUAUCCAUACUGAUUUAAAACCGGAGAAUGUAUUGGUAUGCAUUGAUGAUGUGGAGGAGGUUGUCCGAAAUGAACUUUUAUGUCGCGGAAAACCACCGGCUACUACUACUACUAAAAAGGGGCAGCAAUUACGUAUUACUGGAAGCCAACCUCUUUCAUCACCGUCGUCAAAGUCACCGUCUGUACAAAAUUCAUCAAUAGUAUUGCAACAACCUCCACCUCCAAAACAAGGUAUGUCUAAAAAUCAGAAAAAAAAAUUGAAGCAAAAAUUGAAGAAAAGAGCUGCAAAAGUAAAUGGGGAACAUGUGACAAAUGGAAUAGGAAUGGAUAUAGAUAGUGAGGUCGUAAAAAAGGAUAUAGAAAAUGGAGAAGAUAUUGAAAUGGUCGAAAAUAUUUGUAGUCCAGGUGAUGUAACGACGGAAACAUUGGAACGCGACCUUAAUGAUAUUUCCCUUGUCGAUUCUUCUACUCCGAAUUACCAUUCAUCAUCAUCCAUAGUAACCUCUUCCAGUGUCCAAACGAAUCUAACACGAAAAUCAUCUACUUCAACGAAAUGGACUACCCCGGAUAUGAUUACUGUCAAAAUUGCUGAUCUAGGCAAUGCAUGUUGGGUGGAUCAUCAUUUCACAAACGAUAUUCAGACAAGACAAUACAGAAGUCCGGAAGUCAUUCUUGGUAGUCGAUGGGGAAGUAGUGCAGACAUUUGGAGCAUGGCAUGUAUGAUUUUUGAACUUUAUACGGGUGAUUAUUUGUUCGAUCCACAAGCAGGGUCACGGUACAAUAAGGAUGAUGGGGAAUUAAGACAUAUUCAUAAACUUCGACAUUGGAAACUUGCUGAUGUUUUGCAUGACAAAUAUGGGCUUUCACGAACUGAUGCAGAUUUUAUGAGCUCAUUUCUAUUACCAAUGUUAGAUUUAAAUCCAGACAAGAGAGCAACGGCAAGACAAUCAUUGAAUCAUCAAUGGCUACAAAUUGAAAGUUAUUUAUCUGAAGGAACAACUUCGGGUUCAGGAACCUCGACAAAAUUGACAAGAUCCAGGUCAUCUGAUACGAAUGGAAUCGGUAUAAAUAAAAAUGAUAUUUGUAGAGAUAAAGAAAAAGGCAAAGGAUCUAAGCAAGAAAAUAGAAAAUCUGAAAAAGAUGAGGGUGUUGAACGUCGACAUAGUGGUUAUUAUAAAACAAAGUUUGACGAUGUUAAAAUAGACCCUAAUUGGAAAUAUUAA